UGUUCCUGGAACUUCUCCGACCCCUAAUUGCUUUUUCGAGUAUGUCACAUUAUCGUCUCUACAUAAAUGCAUUCAAGCCUAGAAUACGGCCGAGCUCUACGAUUGUGGCUUGGUAAUGUAACAUGAUGCGAGCUUCUAGGUGCCGUUAAGGGAAAAAAAUAUCAAACUGCCAAUGUAAAACUUGGCCGGUAUAUAGGCCUUACUGCACAUCUGAUUUCUCCCAGUAAUAUGCACUAUCUCAAUUUUAUUGAAAUAUGGAUUUCAGUUUUCUUUUUCUUUUUUUUUUUUUUUUUUUUUUUUCUGUCAUGUUUCUCUCUUCCUUUUUUCUGUCAGAUUUCUGCUUCGGACAAAGCUGAAGAAAUUGAGCCUUGACUCAUUUGUCGGCCUCCAUGGUUUAGAUUCUCAACUGUGACGUAUUCGUUUUCUUAUUGCAAACCAAAAUUCAUUCACACUUCGUAAAUAGCCACGAUUUAGAUUUUUGACUAUUUGGUUUGACAGGCAUCUAUCAUAAUCAUAUCAUCAUAUUAUUAUCAUUACUGUUUCCUUUUUAUAUUUUUAUAUAUCGACGAAGGAGAAUGAAUGCUAUUCUUGUUACGGUGUGAUCCCGUGGGUGUCUUGUACCUUCUAGACCAAAUCCUUUACGUCUUAUCUACUUCCUUUGUAAACAUCAGUGCGUUUGAUGAAGUCUGGUCUUUCUCGUUUGCAUUGUUCAGAACACAUCAUUUUUUUUCGCGUCUAAGUACACUCUGUGGCUUUCUGUCUCUUAAGCUUUAAAAGCUGUUAGUGAAGAGGGCUGUCCAGGUCUCAUUCUCCCGCCUUUUUUUACAGCAUAAUACAAAACAGAAUGACUGGAACACUGGAAUAUUACUCGCAAAACCGGAGGCGCUGCAUCAUAUAUCUGUUUGUACAUUCGUUAUAUUUAUGGGAAACCGACUAUUUUUUUUUUCUGUAGGCAAAUAAAAUGAGUGAAAAUACCACGAUGUUCUCUCAAUCGUGGACGAAACACCAUACGUUAAAUGGUGUUUUUUUUUUUCAGUUAAAUGGCAACUAAUCGACAACAGAAGUAGCUACAGUAAGACUUUUUGUUUCUCAAAAAGAUGUUUCCACUAUAGAAAAUAGAACUGAAACUCCGUCCGUGUUUCUAUCAACAUACAGAAACGCGAGAGAAAGUUUAGGAGAACUAGAAAUGCCUGUCCAUAGCUUCUUUGAGUUCUCUCAAAAGUUAGGGAUGUUUUUGUACCUCGAUAGAGAUUGUUUUGUGUUAAGCAGUGACGUUUACAUCUGUUUAGGUCUAGCAGUAGUGUUUCAGCCUUAUUCCCUGCUUCUUCUUUAGAAGUAACGAUGAUUUCUGAAACCCUUAAUAAAUCACCUUCGCUGCACACUCUCCCCGCUCAUACUCUGCUUCCUAGGAAUCCUAUCGACACCGCUGCAGCGGCCAUCAAAAUCGACUUCAAGAAAGGAGACCCGAAUGUGGCAGCAUUUGUUGAGGCUUUAAUGGCCUCGGGAUUUGAAGUAUUAGUUAAUAAUCGCUCGGAGGUGGAAUUGUCCCUUUUUCCUUGUCCUGUGGGAACAUUUUCUAACUCUUCCACUAGAGGAAUAUUUGGAUGCACGCCAUGUCCGCCAGGUAUAUAAAUAGCUUUUCUAUAGUGUUUUUGGUACAUUUUGUCAUUUUCUACGAAAAAAAAAUAACUGAUUCAUUAGUAGUAUUUAUAUCUAUAUAAUAAUUAAAUACAGUCAAGAGUAGAUGAGCAUAGCCAAUUCUUCGUCCCAGCUUGAGGUUAGUUCCAACUCUUUUCAUGUUUUUGACAAAGAAAGCUCGACCGUUAGCAGACUUAAGCAUCUCUUAUGUUCUUAUUGUAUAAGUAAUGUAGGAAUUGAAAAGGAAUUAAAAGUAACUUCUGUUCAGAAAUCGGUAGAUAAUGAAUUUUCCUUGAUUCUUUGUCAGGAGGAUUCUACUCAGAUGAUGUCGCCCAUGUGGCCACAAGCUGUAAGAGAUGUCCCAAUGGCUCGUUUGUUUCAUUUGAUGAAGCACCAGGGACUCAAGCUCAAGACUGCAAGUCUUGCCCUCAAGGGACAGAGACCGAUUUCUUCGCUGGGUAUCGUGCUUGCAAAUGCCUGGAAGGAUUUUACCGAAUUCAUAUGUUCGAGAAAUGUGAAAAAUGUGGACAAGGUGGACUAGAGUGCAGAGAUGAUUGUGCUUAUCUGAAGUCGGGCUAUUGGUGGGAAUGGAGGAAUGAGACUUACAAACAUCGUUACUUGGAUUUUAUCAAAAAUGUCAAAGCGCCUUUACCAGAUUUAGGUCCUGAUGAUAUACGAUUUCCUUUUCCAAUACCGACACCUUACUUGUGCCCAACAGAAAAUACCUGCAAAGGUGGUUUGGAUUCCCAGUGUGAGAGUGGGUACGAUGGUCCACUCUGUGCAGUUUGCACUAAAGGACGCUAUAAGCAAAUGCAAACGUGCACACAAUGUCCAUCAAAGAAGUGGAUAGUCGGUCAGUUGCUGAUUAUUGCGGCGAUUUUUGUGAUAAUUACAGUAGCCUUUCUGUGGAGAAGGAGGAGAGCGACCCAAAAGAACAAAGCACGCCCUCUUAUAGACAUGAUUUUCUCCAAACUUAAGAUCGUAAUUGGCUUUUAUCAAGUCACUCAUGGUUUACUGGGAGCGUUCUCGUAUAUAAAAUGGCCGGAUUCUCUGCAAACUGUCGGAAAGUAUUCAAGCGUACUCCAGAUGAAUAUACUUCAGAUAGCGCCAGUUAUUUGCCUUUUUACUGGAUUUCGCGUGGAUGCUUUCACAGAAUUGUUUCUGAUUAUGGCAAUAAAUGCUGUUCUGAUUGGCUUUUCUGGCGUGGCAUACGCCAUCUAUAAAGUCCUCAUUCUACAUAGCCUGGAAGAAGAGGAAAAGCUCACAAAAGAGUCCCAGGCAAAGGAGUUGGUGAGCCGAAAUUUGUUUUUCUUCCUUUACGUGACUUAUCUGAGUACAUGUUCCAAGACAGUCAAUGUACUACCAUUUGCUUGCCGCGAACUUUGCCGUGAUGGCAAAGAAGAGUUAUGUAACAAGUAUCUGAGAGUUGAUUACAGCAUACGAUGCCAAGGGCCAAAAUAUAACAGUUUGCUUAUCGUGGCGUACAUUUCAGUUGUCUAUGUCAUUGCCCUACCCGCCGCGGCGUUCAUCACCCUUUGGAGACAACGAAGAGCAAUGGUAGCCGUACAGGAUGCCAAAACAUCUCAGACCCCAGGAUCUAGCAUCACAGGAUUGCGUUUCCUCUUUGAAAACUAUAAAACGCGUUCGUGGUAUUGGGAACUCGUUGAGAUGUCUCGCAAAGUAAUCCUCACAUCUGGUCUGGCCCUUGUAGGAAGAGAGAGUAGGUCCUACAUUGGUUUGGCACUGGUCAUCGCAGGAAUGUAUGGAAUGACGUUCUCCUGGAUCAAACCCAUAAACAACGCGUUCGAGAACAGAUUGAUGUCUACCUCCCUUGCAGUUACUGUUGUUAACUUGGCUGUUGGAGCAGUGGGUAGAAUUCCUGCCGAGAACAUACAAAACUCAAGCGAUCCGUACCUGGAUAAAGUGUUAUGGAAUGUGAUGAUUGUCGCAGCAAAUACCUUAGUCCUCUGUCUUAUUGUUGUUCAGUACGCGGUGGCCCAAUACCGUUAUUUCAAAGAAUGGCGCAAAAAUCCUCAGUGGUCGCUUUCGUGCUGUCUGGCUUUACUUCUCUCGUUCAGCGACUUGCAGGGAGAUAUCAGUGAUCUGGUUGACACGGAUGUCGUUAAAAGCCAGCAGUAUACUGAGGACAUGGAAAUCCCCACUAUUCUUACUGCCGUCGAAGAGAAUAAGGCAACAUAUUUUAAAGGGGACCAAGGGCAUCGAGCCAACUAUGAAACCCAGAAGUACAGCCACAAAAAGUGCCAUCAAGGGACCCAAACAGAGAUAACCAUACUCCUUGGCCCGAUGGCUUGAGGUUGU